GAAUGAACCAUCAGGUGCAAUGCCUGCCAAACGAUCCAUCUCUCAAACCAAGCCGUUCAGAUAUGUCGAUGUGUGCCAAGUACGCUCUAGUGCGAGCCUUGGAGAGGUCAAAGUUGGCAAAGUUCGCGUCGAUGGCUGCUUCCUGAUGUCCAAGACGCAGUGGGGUAAGUUCCGUGGGCAGGAUGCAGGCCUAAUGUAUUUGGAUCUCACAUUUCAUCAACCCGCCGACUGCAAGCUUGCACAAGCUACCAUUACCAUGAACUUCCGUGAGACAGAACGUCGAAGGAGGCAGACUAACACUUCAAGUCUCGAAAUCACUGAGUUCUUUGGACCACAAAUCCUCACUGGAGAGAAACGCGAACGCCAAGUGUCGAAGACCUUCGAGGCCACUCCCAAAGUAGGAGCCGCUAAUGCUAGUGUUGAAGGCAUUGGCAUUUCACGAAAGUCCCAAGCAAAUUAUGCGUCACGGUGGAAAUUUACGGGUUCGCGAUUUACCAAUGACUCCGGUGACGACUCAGAUAUUUCAAGCAGUCGAUACCGUCAGCUUGUUUGGCACCUAGAAGAGAACGAGUUGGAGCGACAGGCCGUCCAUCACUCAAUUGUGCACACUGCACUUGCCUUUCAUCAUGAUCCCUCUCCAUUCUAUCUCGACCUGCAGAUCGAGGUGAAGAUGCAGCGAUGGCACCAACGAAUUCUACAACGCCUUCUUUGUCCGCCGCGGGAUCAGAAAGCUCUCACUCGAGCUAAGAUCAAGCCCGUCAUUCCCGAAACAGACGAUCCGCUCUUUACAAAAUUAGUUAAGAAUAUAAAUCAAACAAUGGUAGAAGAGAACCUACAACCAGUGGCAGAGGUAUCGGACCCCAAGCCUGCCGCCUUCGCCGAUGACACACAAGAGAAUGAUCCCGAGUCAGGAUUGACCAACAUCUCGCUUCCGAAUGAAGCUUUGCUGGUGCUCGCACGGCAGCUGACUGGAAAUCAAACCCCGAGUACAUUGGCGUUGCCUGGGAGCUGCUCGGCUGCAUCCACACAGACCGUAAACAGCUCCGACUCUACCCUUGUCGAAUCCGAGACGGUAAGCCAGCCUGAUUACCAGGAGGAAAUAAAAUCUGCCAGCUGUAAGACCGGUGAUCCGGUAACCGUCUAUCUUCCCAAAGAGAGCAUUAAGACUGCUACAAUCCAGGAGCAUGCAUCCCUCGUGGCGCUCUACGGAGUGCGACAUACCUCGCAAUUUCUGGCGGCUUUGAUAGCAUGGCUAAUCCUGGGCUUGAGUGCACUGCACGCGGGGCUUACACGAGCGGUUAGGGAUCAUGAAAAGUACUGA